AUGUCGGACCUAGUCAAGCCUUGGCUUGAUCCUUACCUGUUGCAAGAGCUUGAAAAUGUGCUUCAGUGGCGAGAGGAAGGCGCGGGCAGGGUGCAAUUGCCUGGAGGGAACGUGGGAGACAGCUCUUACCAGGAUAAUGGCAGGACUCUCACGAUCAAGCCGUCCAGAACUAGGCAAUUGGUUCAAAUCCAUAAGUUCAACAGAUGUGAUAUCCCCGUGGACGCAGUAUUAUCAGAUUCGUCGACGCGCAUCGAUGCAGAUUUCUCUGACCUUGCCAUGGCGGAAUAUCGGAGACGGCAUGGGCAGAACUUUACAACGGGAUCUUUAGGUGGCGUACUUCAGCUGCAGGACUAUGAUAUUCUGGUGGCAGUAUUUGCCGGUCAAAAGAGAAACAAACAAUUGAGAAUUCUCGUUCGUGACUUCCAGCUUCUGGGAGCUGGUGGUGCUCAAACAUUUGGGCUUGCAAUGCCUCGCGCGGUGGAGUCUGUCGGCCAAGCUCCUACCCUUUUGGCGCGUCUCAAGGACCAAAAAAAGAGGCAAUUAGACGUUCGGAGUCGUGAGCCCUCGACUGGUCAAUCUUCGCCUCUUUCCUCUACUCUGCAAUCACCGGCAGCAAAUGCUACAUUGACAAAUGGCUCGUAUACCCAAAAUGCCUCGUCGGCUCUACUUACGCAAGCACCAUUUGCCUAUAAUUCUGCUCUACCCAGCAGACUAGAUCCGAAAGCUCGUUUAAAUGGACACCGCCCAUCCGCUCUUGUCGAAAAAUCUGCGAAUAUGAACUCGAAUAGACUGAUAUCUGACGAAACGAAAUCUUUAAGCAAUGCUGCACUUUUUUCGGAGAUUGAAUCUCCAGACCGGUCUUCUCAACAUCAACCUACACUUGAGAACGAUGAUCGAAAAGGGCCCUCUUUGGUCACUGAGGCAGUAUUCAGUGAUCAUGAAAAUGAAAAUGAAAUACCACAAAGCGCACAGUUGAGCCCAAAGUCUUCGCUGUCAUUUAGCAACAGGGACUCCAGUGUGUCUGCUCGCAUUCCUGAUGCCUCUUCAGCAGGAUCUACGCCCAAAGCUUCUGUAAAUAAUGAAAACACAACGAGAGAAAUUUUCUCUUCCCACAGCCAGAUUGGUCGAGCAGCUCAACAGAAUUCGAAAGCUGGCCCGCCUCCUGAAGUCCGAAGCGCAGGCUCAAACUUUACACAGUCUCGCAAGUGCAAGCGUUCUAAGAAGAUCAGUAUUCGCGAUAUCAAAAUGUCUAAGGAGCAGGAGGCAUUACUCAAUGGAUCUGAAUCGUGGAUGCCCCCGAAUCCUGGUCAUCGUGAGCCUGUGGCAAAUAUCCCUAUCAACGUCCUGCAGACCUUCAAUGCGAAAGCGGAUGCUCUUGAUAGUCGAAGGCGAAGGUCACAGCAUUUACCAGACAGCCGCCCGGAAUCACCUUCCCCGACCUUCAAUCCUCCCACAUCAGAGGUCCAUGACGAUUCUGACAGUCAAUCCACUAUUAGUGUUGAUACUCCAGAAGAGUUUGAUGCGACAGAAACACCAUCCCAAAAUGGAGGACCGAUAAACGCUUCGCAAGAGGCUUCAAAUAGCCCUGGCUCCUCUAUACACAUAAGUCCGCUGAGAACGACAUCGGAGGGUGCCAUGGGGCCGCCUAAUGCUUAUUCUGAUAAGGUGAAUGAGCAAGCUUCACCAACACAUGGAUCACCAAAGGUGGGAGCUCCUGUAUCUCCACGAGAUACUACUAUUCUUGAAAUUCAAAAACAUCAUGAGGAUAAUACAGUUGAUUUAUCAAUUUCAAGUUACGAACCUGUAACCUCUACUGAUGAUCCUCUUUCAUGGGAAAUCAAAGUCCAUCAAAGUGAAGAGGGCACUAAUGACAAAAGGCAAGAAGUCGAACGAAGCUUGCAAGUCUCAAAUAUGACGAAGGAGGGAGACGAGGAGGUAUGGCCAUCUCCGCAUUCUUCAGAUUCCGACGAGCUCGAAACGUCUGUUCUUCUUGCACUUCAUGAGAACGUGCGCGAAGGGCAUUUAUCUACAGAGAACCCUCCAUCGACUGCACCUCUGCCUAUGACUUCCUACACCCAAGUAAAAAGAACGCCAUAUGUUAUUGGCCAAGUUCAAGAUCUCAAGCCUGUGAUGUCGUCAAAUGCCGUCUCCUCCCUUGAAUCUAACGUCACCCACGUUUCCGGAAGUUCACCGCAAGAGCCAGACAAUUCAAGGAUUCAGGGAACCACGCAGCAGGAAGUCUUAGCUACUUGGGAUGGUUCUAGCCACCAUGAACUUGAGCAGAAUGUGAUCAACAAAGGAUUCGAUACCAAGGAGCAACUGGGCCCCACUUUCGACUCUUCCACAACAGCUCAAGAGGAGCUGAAGCGUAAAGAUUCGUUCUCCGCAGAACCUCUACCUAGAAAGCGGAUAAAGGUCGUCGAUUUCUUUCCCGAGAGUCUCACUCAAGUAGAGGAGGACGCAGAAAGGCCUGUCGACUUCGCAAACAAAUUUCGUCGUGAUUGGUUUGAAAGGCGUAGGAGCAGUGCAAGCAGUGCUGUAGCCUCGAAUCCAAUCACGCCUACGAAGUUGCCAAACCUGCAUCACGCAGCUUUUACGCUUCCAGAGAUGGUAAAGCAAGACCAGCAGGCCAUUCUAGAACCGACCAGUCCUGUUAAUGCAAUCGUUGAAGAUGAGAUAAUGUGCGAGCCGAGUGCCGGUAGCCAACAAGCCUUAUCUAAGAACGAUGCAACUCCAAUUCAGGCUGCCAUUCCGACUUCGGUUUCGCCCAAUGUUGAGAGCACAGAAGACGUUCGCGAAGCGGCCAUAGUAAGGACUCCAGAUGAUGAUAUGCAGGUACCUUCAAUAGCAACCAAACCGAGCCAGAGCCCUCGAUCUGCUCAAAUGGACCUGAACGAUACAGACACAAACAGUCAAGCUGUUGCUGAGCAAGUCAGUCGCCGAUCUCGGAGCACAGAGUCCGGGGAGGACACUAGGCCCACAUAUACUGCGUCUAUUGAGCAAGCCACUCCUGAAGUCGCUUCUGAUAAACCAAAGACGGAUGUCAGACGCAAGACAGAGGUUAAUAGUGAAGCGAUUGACGAGGCAACGCUCUUGCAUCGCAGUCCACCCGUUGGAUUGCGGGACUUUGGAAAACGACAUGUUACAAAAAUGCCUGCUAAGCGUCAAUCCAAUCUUGGAAACUCCUUGGAGCGUGCGACUUCUACUGAUUCCGGCCGAAAUUCUACGCGAUCUCUGUUCGACCGAUUCAAAGGAGCGUACCCGGAAUAUUUAGGGGAUUCGAAGCAUUUCCAAGCAUCUUGCUUGAAGAUCUCUAGAAUCUCCGAGGAAGGUGGUAUACUACCUCAAUAUGUAUGGGAUGAUUUCAUCAUCAGGCACAAAUUGGAGUACUCUCAUUACAUUCAGCAAUGUGCUGACACUUUCGAGAACCCAAUGCCUUACGAGAGAUAUUACUCGACCAUGGUGGAUACUCCCUCUUUCAGCAAUAAGAUUGUCAAUGCUCGGAAUCUGAAAGAUGGCAUUAUCGCUAGUUCGACUUCGAGUGAAGCCUGCGAAGAGACUGUUAGAGCAGAGUCGCCCGAGAUCGAAGUAAGCCCAUCAUUUGAGCGGCCUUUUACUGAGGGGAUCGCCAAAAUUACCACCCCUCUGAACCAGACUCCAAUGCAGACCUCGAGCCCUGUUACUAUUGACCUUACUUUGGAUGAUGAUGACCCAAUGCCCUAUCAGGAACACCACUCAACACCAAGUCGUACAGCAUCUGCGCAGAAAAGCCGUCGUGACUUGCCGUGGAACAAGGAAACAGAUCUGUCUGGUAGCUCCGUUCAAAGCUCUCCCAGUCGUGUUGACCAGCGAAGAAGGAACCCGUUUUCGAAUGCAUCGCCCCGUGUAACCCACACUCGAUCUUCUAAGCCUUCGAGGAAUCGCGUCUCUUUGGUUUCGGCAGAGUCUACAUCAACGUUGCGAGCAAACUCCCCAUUGCGGCGAGAAUUCUCUGAGACCUCUGACUUACCGGCCCCGCCCAGGAAAUCGCGGACUACAACGAGUAGCCGAGAAAGAGAGAAAACCAAGGAACUAAGUGAAGGCUCCCGCGAGGAUGCGGAAUGGUGGCGGGAUGAUCAAACACCGUUCAAAGACUUCGUUCGCAAUUUCAAUGCUAUCCAACCGGGUAAUGGCAAUAGCUAUGCGAAUCCGGCAGCGAGUGGGCAAGGUCCAGUGACACAAACAUCAAGCCUACCGUCACGAGCCAAGAAGCAGCAUAUACCGGCAUGGGUUUCAAAUAGAAGAUAUCUACUGGCUGCGUAUGCCUGGGACCGGGAUCGCUACAACUUUGCUUUUCAUACAAAUCUGACAUGCGAUCGACAGUAG